AUGCCCCAGUGCAGUGACGGGACACUGUGCUCCCACUGGUCCAAUAUCACCGCUUUCAACAAGGAAUCCCUCUACAUCCGCCUGUACACACCGCUCAGGCAGGCCCAGCUGCGCCUCAUGCCCGACCACUCCUCCUCCCGCUCCCACUCUUCCACCACCCUUUUGCGGGAUGGGGAGAUCGUGGAGGAGAGACUGUGGCACCGCGGGCGACUCUCAUUGGAGCAGAACCGCACAGGCCUCUACUUUGUCAUGGCAGGUCUCAGUGAGAAGGACAAUGGCAUUUAUGAAAUGCACGAUGGCCAAGGGAACCUUGUGUCGACGAACAUUGUGAGGGUUGUUGAUAAGCAUAUGCGAUGGAGAGCUGUGAUGAAGUCCAUCUCGGUUCCCUCGGGCAUGUUUCUGUCUCUGGCUGGUGUCAUCCUCUUCCUGAAGAGGUACCCCAGCUGCAGUGUCUCCAAGAUACUCAGUGGCCUGAGAGAUCGUCGCAAUGCCACCACUGCCGGUGUCCCCCCAAGAGUACACAUUGAGGACUACAGUGAGCUCAACCUCACCAGUUACACCAGUUCCCCAUACAAAAUCAGGUCAUCCAAACAAUGGAGCCCCAGUCCCUCGCGCAGUGGUUACUCUCCUGUUGUUCAGAGAGCCUAUGGAGACUCCCCAGAGCCAGUCAGAGGCACAGAGAUACUAGGAACGGAUCCCAGUCAGAACCUACUCAGCCAGGAAUCAAAAAGUCUGAGGAAGACAUCUUUCUCUCUGGUCGGGGCCUCUGACUGCCUCCACUCCUCCGAGCACUGUGCUCAGUUUGACCUCAGCAAGGUCAACCGGAACAAGGACGGCAAGAAGGACUAUUUCUCCACAUUACCACUGGACAUGGACACGUCUGACAUCUGCAGUGUGUAUACCUCAGACAAGCUGAACUUCCACUAGGAUCGGAGCUGUGAGGGAGAUACUAUAUGUGGAAAGGGAAAGAGAGGCAGAGAAGGGAGAGAGAGAGGAGAGGGAUGUGUAAAUCUGAGAAGGAAAGAUAAAGUUUGUGUGAGGGAUCCGAAAAUGGUUGGACUCACCAUUGUGCCUGUCCUCUAUUAACAGAUGGGAGAGUGAAAGAUGCAUAGUGUGGUACAGAAAAUGUAGAGGUUGAUUAGCUCUUAUUUGCUGUUCUUAAACUUUACGAGAUGUUUUCCAGAACAUAUGACAGAGAAAGCUGAACAGUCACAGUAGAAGCAGAAUGAUGCAGGUCAAUAUGAGUAUGAGGGAUACUUCAUCUGAUGGGAUUGCUGGAACACCCAGAUCACAUGGACCUCAGAUCACAUAGUCUGAUCCCAGGUGCCUCUCCAAGGUGAGAAUGUUCUGCCAACAGUAUGACUUUUGAUCUUGUUCAUUAGAUUGUUGGGUUCUUGACAUCAGCUGCUCAGCUCCCUGUGCACCUGUAAAAAGGCUCAUCACUUGUGAACUGAGGGACUGCAGUGGACAGUGGGCUGCUGGUUUUCCCAGGAACAAAUACUCUUGGGACUGCAGCCUUUUUGUCCAUAAUGUGCUGCGGAUUGUGGAUGUUGCUUUACUUGUGGAACUUUUUUAUUUGGCCGGUCAUGCAGUUCCCUAUGUUCCUUUUUUCAGGAAGUUUCCCCACAUCUCUUACAUGGCAUGUCUUAUUCACCACAAGGGCUGUCAUGGGGUUAGAGUUGUUUGACUGAGACCUGUUGUCCAUAUUUUUGUGGAUUGUGGACUUUUCCAGACUAUCCUCACUUCUCCAGCCUUGCAUUCCUUGGAUCAGGAAGUUCUCCCAACUCCUCUUCCUGCAUGUCUGACUCAUCACAAGGACUGUGUUCCUUAGGUUCGAGCUGACCUUUUUGUUGGCAAUUGUCACUGACACACUGAUUCAAAUUUGGUAUAUAGAUGACUUGUGUGUGUUCCCCCGACAUUUUACAGCCUUUAUACCUAGAGGCACCACUUAUGCUGAAGAAAUAGGUUAUGGUCAUGGUCUGUCAAUUCAUCCUUUGUGUCACAUUUAUUCUUCAAUGUCAUCCCUCAACUGCAUUCCUAUGCACAUCACAGGAUCUUAGGUAUGGGUUUGGAGACAAAACAAAGAAUCGUAUUAAUCAUUGAAUUCAUCCUCAAUUAGGGUUACUUAUUGCUUUACCGUUUGUAUCACAGCAUAUUUACACUUCAUUUUCAAUUUUCAAUAACAAAACAAUACUCUACACUCCUAACCCAUGUCUCACCAUCGACUGCGUCAUUCAGCAACUGUAUGGCUAUUGGCUGUAUUCAUUUUCGCUAUCUUAAAUGGCUACCUCGGUGCAUUUAUUGCAAUAGUAUCAGCCCUAAUCCGGUUUACCCUGCAGAGUUAUAUAGUCUUAACAUGUGAUAGUGGAUACAGUGAAGAGCCCUUCCUGUAUGGUGCCGCUGUCAGUGUAGACCUCAAAGGGGUUUGAUGGCAUUUGUGCUUGUAGGCUACUGUAAAUAAUAAGUUAUUUAGGGUAUAUCACAAUGCAUGUGCAUGUCAUCAUGUGCCCGUCUAACCCAUCCAUCCCAAAUAAAAGCUAACUCCUCACCUGACAUAUCUAGUAAGCUGUUACCUGACUCUGCCUCAAAUAUAGCAAAUGCUGUUUCCUUUAAUAUGUAGCAUACAUUGUUUGCUAUCAUGCUUCAUAUAUUGUAUGUAAGAAUCAUAGACAGGAAAUUGUGUUAUUGAGAUAUUAACACUGAGAGAUGCUGCUUUGUGCUCAACUUAAUAGAUUCCUAUUAUGAAAAUGUUUAAGUUAGGUGGGAAGAAUAUAGUAGGCUACUGUAGGUUUUCUCAACAUCUGAGAGGUAGGCCUCAUAUUGGGGAAAAGAUAACUAAAAUGAUGUUGUGAGCACUAUGUGAACCAGAAUAUUUUGGGUAUUGAAUUAAAAAAAAAUCUAGAUUUAUAGUGAACUUUAUCUUAAAUGUACAGAUUAAACAAAACAGUGGUGUUACAGUCAAGCUUUUCAUAGAAAUGUGAAGGCUCAAAAACGUUGAAUAAUUUAUGUGCUGGUGAUUUGUUUCUCUCUAAGAUAUCCUUUUUUUUUUUCAAUCAUACAAACCUGCACUAACCUCUUACACAGUGUUCUUUAACAUGUGUGAAAAUUGUUCACCAUUAAAAAAAGAUCAUCAGACUUAAUCAUUUCA